UAGCGUUGCUAUUGGUUCGUGUUAUUCCACACGGGUUUUCCUCCCUGGCUGUGGGAAGCACGAGCGGGAUACAUUUGUGUGUUGGGAACUGUACUCGAACCACGGCCGGAGAGCAUAUGGUUGGAUUUAGCAAAUGUCCAGGAAUCCACCACUUCUUUGUCUACUUCUCAUCUACCUGCUCCUCCAGAAGUGACUAUUGGUACCGUCGAUUCCUCCCAGGGGUCCCUUCCCCCGCAACACGGUCUGCUGACAAACCUCCGCUGUUCCCCUCCUCUCUGCUCCCCCUGUCCCCUCUCCCCUCUCGCCACGGUCCUAGCCCCCAUCCUAGGCAACAUGUCCAUCACCCUGAAGCAGGUCUUCAACAAGGACAAGACCUUCCGGCCCAAGCGUAAGUUUGAGCCGGGACGCAGGUUCGAGUUGCAUAAGAAGGCCCAGGCGUCGCUGAGCUCCGGGGUUGACCUACGGGCGGCGGUAGCUCUGCCCCACGGGGAGGAUCUCAACGACUGGGUGGCAGUACACGUGGUGGACUUCUUCAACCGAAUCAACCUCAUCUACGGGACGGUGUGUGAGUUCUGCACGGAGAAGAGUUGUCCGGUCAUGUCCGGAGGUCCUAGGUAUGAGUACCGAUGGCAGGACGAUCACAAGUACAAGAAACCAACGGCUCUACCAGCUCCCAAGUACAUGAACUUGCUGAUGGACUGGAUCGAGGUCCAGAUCAACAAUGAGGAUAUCUUCCCCACCAGCAUGGGUAUCCCCUUCCCCAAGAACUUCAUCCAGAUCUGUAAGAAGAUAAUCUGCCGUCUGUUCCGGGUGUUUGUCCACGUCUACAUCCACCAUUUUGACCGUAUGAUCCUGAUGGGAGCUGAGGCCCAUGUUAACACCUGCUAUAAGCACUUCUACUACUUCAGCACAGAGCUCAACCUCAUAGACCGCAAGGAGCUGGAGCCACUGAGAUGACUUCUGGGAUGUGUCACUGAGGAGUAGCAGAACCACUGGAGCAGCUGAGGGACUGUCUGGGACGCCCUGCUGGCUCCGCAGGAGGUUACCAUGGAGAUACGGAGGGGUACACAGUUGACUCUGAAGCUUGAUGACAUCAUCAGUGUGAUUCAACUAGCUCGAUGUCAUCACUGUCAUUCCGAUAGCAAGAGAAGAACCUGCUACCUGCAGAUAUACCUGGCUGGCUGACUGACUGACUGGCUGGCUGGCUGGCUGGCUGGAUAUAUGGAUGGAUGAAUGAACGAACGAAUGAAUGAAUAAUGAAUGGAUGAUUGAAUGAAUGG